GGCCGAUCAGCUAAGUUGCGAUGAGUGUUGCUGUCGAUCGGCAGUUAUCUGUCGUGUUGUACGGCGGCUACGUGAAGAGGUCAAACAAACAAGCUGAUUACGGCGGCGGACGAACAUGCGGUGAUGAUGGUGGAUGAACACAUUCUGAACUCAAGUCCCCAGACGAUGCAGUCCAACUUGAUCCUGUUCAAAGCUAAGGAACAGAUUCGACCUACUGAAGUCCUUCACCUGAAAAUUUCCCAAGUUGCACUGAUCUUCGACGAUUUGUAUAACCUCUCGCUCAGCCAAAGCUUCUACGUGUGGACCGAAAUUACUUCGUACCUGGGCAUUGUGGUAUCGUACGGGCUGAUGACCCUUUUCGCAACGUAUCGAGCCAUCCGGACGGGACACUUUGAGAGCAUUGUGGCCAGCUCGAUGUAUCUGGUGUGGUGGGCUGAGUACUGUCUAGGGGCGCUGGUAAUUCUGUCCGCGGGGCAUCUACUCGAGCUGGUAGCCCGACGCACGGUGCAUAUUCUUGGUUUGGUCAUUAGUUCCGACAAAGUGAGAGCAGGGUUGGAGGAGAUUAAGGUACGCUCCCUUAUGCUACAAAUAACUAUGCAUCCUCCAAAAAUUACAACCUGGUUCUUCGAUGUUAACUUGAGAGUAUUUUUUAAUGCGUCGUCGACGGAGGAGAGCUGUCAAGUGCUGGGGAGUUUGUACGGGGAAUUCCGUAACAAGGUAGAUGCAACGCGCUGUUCUUGCGAACGGAGAAGAUUGGAGCUUCCGGUCUGGGAUAUACCAACAACGGUGCUGCGCUGUCGUGAUGGAUUAUCAGCUGUGCCAGCGUGA